UCAAAAAUGUUAGGGUAUAUAUAUAUAUAUAUAUAUUUUGCCCCUUUUCCUCUGUUUUUUGUUCUCUAAAUCCUUAAACCCUAUCUCACCGGGCCCCUCCCUCCCGUUGCCAGCCACUUCCCCCUGCUCCGCCGUACGCCGCCCCUACCUGUCUCAGUGGCGCUGUAUUAUCAGCUGCCGCAGUCUAAUCACUCCGAUAAAUUCCCUGCCGCUCCCUCUCAAACUUUCUCACCUCUCCCACUCAGAAUUAUUUAUCUUUAUUGUUUGUCUCAGAAACACAGUGCAAUCCCUAACCUGCCCCGUUGGUGAGAUAGCACUGCCGCCUCUCAUUUUUAAGAUCCCCAAGCAGAGUAAGUUGAUGGGUGCAGUCAUUCUCGGCUUGCCAGGUCCUUGGGCUGACGAUAAUCUCGAACUUUCUGAUCAUUAUACUACAAAAGUUGGCGGGAUUCCUGACUUACCUUUUCAAAAUGUCAACCACAGUCUGUUAGACUGUUCUCAGUGUGGAAGUAAAUUAUGUCUUGUUUUACAGAUUUAUGCUCCAGUUUCAAUAGAUAGAACAAACAUAGAUGAGCGCUUUCUCCUUGUAUUUGGUUGUCUAACUCCAGAAUGUGGGAGCAGUUCCCUUGGUUGGCGUGUUCUUCGUGUUCAAAAAUCAUGUGACAAGGAGUUCUCCAAAGUUUCUCAAGAAAUUGGUCCCUUGACAACAUCGACUUCAGCUGCAAAGACUAACUGGUGGGAGCAACUGGAUGAAGAAAGCGAUGAAGAAAUGGAUUUGGAGGAGCUGCAAAAGGCAUUUUCAGAUGUUGCAACUAAAGUUUCUCAUGCCAAGGAAACUCCGAGUAAAUCACAUUCUAAGACUGUCACAAAGAGCUUAACUUCCAGACCAACAAGAGUUGUCGAUGUGAAAACACCAGUGGUACCAUGCUUUUAUAUCUAUACUGAAGAUGAACCAUCGUCAAAGGAUAUUUCUAUGUGUUCCAAUUAUGCAUCACUCUCUUUAAAGGAGAAUCAAAGUGAUGAGGAGGAUUCAAUACAAGAAGAAAAGUGGUCAGAAGAAGGUUACGAACAUGACAAGGCUCUGACUGCUGACAGAACUUACCUGAAGUUCAAGAAAAAAUUGGAUGCAUAUCCAGAACAAUGUUUGAGAUACUCGUUCGGUGGGAAGCCAAUUUUAGCAAGAUCAGAGGACGGAGAAGCUGGAAAGUGCAAGGCAUGUGGUGGAUCAAGGCAGUUUGAAAUGCAGCUUAUGCCUCCACUGCUAUAUUUUCUUCAGGAAGCAGCUGAUGAAAGUCAAAAACAGUUGCUGGAGACCUGGAACUGGAUGACGCUUUUGGUACAUACUUGUUCUGAAAGCUGUUCGCAAUCUUCUGAGAAGUCAGAUGAUGGGAACUGGAUCAUUACAGAAGAAUCCACGAUAGUGCAACUCGAGAAGCCCUUCAAUAGCUCCCCAGAACUAGUUGGCUUCUUCUCCCUCACCCCAUGAUUGAUUUCGGGACCGAGACAUUGGAUAAAGCAUUCACAUUAAAUUUUAUCUCACUGUAUAUCUCAAGGAAAAAAUUUUGUGGUUUGUAAUUUAAUGUAUGUUUAGUUGUCUCAUAAUCCACGUUGAUUUGGUUGAAUGAUCGAUUGAUUGUGUUCAUAGUGAGAAUCUUAUAAUGCUAUAAUGCAUGCUUCACGAAUAUGACACUUGAAACCAUUUACGUGAAAAUGGCAUUGGUCCAAAAUGACAAACGUCUUACUCUUUAAAGAAUUGUCAAUCGACUUUCUUUUGAUAUUGUAUCAUCAAUACUUACAAUAAAAAAAUUGUAUUUGUUUUUA